AAUCCAGAGAAUUAUUUUUCAUAUUUUUUUGGGAAAAAAAAAAAAAUUUAUAACAAAUGAAUACGGUCGUCGCCUUUGUGUCGUUGGGGAGAAAACUCUAUCGAAGCUUGAGAACCCUAUUCGGAGGUCUUUAGGGUUUCUUCUUCCUCCGCAAUCUCCAAUUGAAAUCACAGGUGAAUUAUUUGCUCCCGUUUCUCUCUAAAAAAGGUUUUAGGAUCCUUUAUUUUUAGAUUGUUCAUAUAUAUUGAUCUGCUAUAGAUGUGAGCACAUCAAAGAAGAAAAUAGUUGCAAAUGGAUUCUCCUGAUUAUGGUCGGGGUCAUGUGAAACGCGACAUGGAGGAUAGUACAGAUGUGAAGAGUGAUAGAGCUGGAGACAAUGAUGAAUGGGAAGGCAUUGAUAAGAGGAAGCAUAGGUCAAGUAGGUCGAGAAAGUCUGGUAAUGUUGAUGAUAAUGAAGGGUUAGAUGACAGUGGAAGAAGAAAAAGUUAUGGGGACAGAAAUGAUGGAAGAAAAAGAUCUAGUGGCUCGACCAGAGCAGAUAGUGAAGAAGAUGAUUAUGACUUGAGAAAAGAUAUGCGUCUUAAGCAGAUAAAGAAGAAACAAGAAGAGAGCAGCUUGGACAAGUUGAGUAGUUGGUACCAAGAUGGUGAAAUAGAGAGCAGGCAAGAUGGUGCAGAUAAGUCUGGAAGUAAAGGGCAAACUCGGUUGGAAGAAACUGAGAGGCGGAAAAUGACCUCAAAAAUUUCAGAGCAUGAGAGCUCACACAGUAGAAGCAGAAGCAAAGAAGAAAACUCACAUGAUGGGGAGCAUGAAAAAGUGCUGGAUAGAGAAUCCAGGCAUUUGGACAGGAGGGAAAGUGGCCGAGAGAAGGGUCAUGGGUCUUCUGAACAGACAAGGAGCUCCAGAAGAAGAUGGGAUGAAUCAGAUGCUGUUAGGAAAGCGGAAGAAACUUAUUAUGAAAGAGGCGAUUCAAGAAGUGGUAAGGCUUCUGAUAAGUAUGAGAGUUCUAGAGAGAGAAAUACAUCUGCCAGAAAUGAAACCAGUGAGAAUAAAAGCAGAGUUUUAGACUCAAGCAGUGACAGGGGUGUUAAAUCUAACAACCGAGAAGAAAGAAGAGCUGAUGCGGAGAGGAGUAUGAGUAAAGGUAGGUCAGAACCACUAGAAGAAGAUAAUAGGGGUAGUCCUAUUACUCGGGAAGACAGAUCGGGCAGGGAAAAAACUGAGAAGCAUAGGCAGCAGAGAACUCCCACAGGUCGGGAUGCUUCUGAAAGCCGUGAGAGGUCUUUCAAUGCAGAUGAAGAUGGAAAUGGAUGGAUGAGAGAUAAAGGUGCAAGAGAAGUAAGUAAUGCAAACAGGUCCAAGACCCCUGAAAGAAGUAGAAGACGUCAUCAGGAUUCAGAGCAUGCUGAGGUUGAUUAUGAAAGAAGUUUUAAGCGGAAGGAACUUGAAAAGGAUGGUUAUAAGGAUGAUCGAACUAAAGGCAGGGACGAUAGUUGGGCUGAAAGGAGUAGGGAUCGUGAAGGAUCCAAAGAGAGCUGGAAAAGAAGGCAAAACAGCAGUGAUGAUAAGGAGUCUAAGAACGGGGACAUUGUUUAUGAUCAUGGCAGAGAGUGGGAGCUGCCUAGACAUGGUCGUGAGAGAGCAGAUGGUGAAAGACACAGUGAAAGGCCUCAUGGUCGUUCUGGUAACAGGAAAGAUGGAAGCAGGGGUGAAGCUGUGAAAACAUCAUCCGACUUUGGAAUUUCAAAUGAAAAUUAUGAUGUAAUUGAGAUCCAAACGAAGCCUUUGGAUUAUGGAAGACCAGAGUCGGGAUCCAACUUUGCCCGAAGAGGUGAAGCUGGGCAGCAAUCUGAUGUUAAAUCAGCUGCCAAUGAUGAAGAAUGGGCAUAUAUGCAGGAUGAAAGAACAAGGAGGACUGAUGCAUAUGGGUCUGGUUCGCAUGUUGAAAAUUUGAAAGAAAAGUAUCCUGAUGAUGGCACCUCAUUGCGAGAUCAGAACUCAUGGAGGGAUGACUUUGAUUUCCAUGGAGGGAAAGGAAGAGGCCAAAAAGGUGCAAGUUCUGGCCGUAGUGGCAGUGGCCAAAGUGUUGGUAGUGGUUCACAGCCACCAUAUGGGAACCAGGAGUCCUUUAAUAGAGCUACUCCACAAGGACUAAAGGGGGGAAGAGUUGGGAGAGGAGGAAGAGGGAGGCCUAAUGGAAGAGACAGCCAACAGGUUGGAAUCCCCCUGCCAAUAAUGGGGUCGCCAUUUGGACCUCUUGGAAUGCCUCCACCUGGACCUAUGCAGCCACUUACCCCUAACAUGUCACCUGCUCCAGGCCCGCAAAUUUCCCCUGGUGUCUUUAUUCCUCCAUUUUCUCCCCCUGUUUGGCCUGGCGCACGGGGUGUUGAAAUAAAUAUGUUAGCUGUUCCUCCUGGACCAUCAGGCCCAAGAUUUCCCCCUAAUAUUGGUACUCCAGCAAAUCCUGCAAUGUAUUUUAAUCAAUCAGGCCCUGGAAGAGGAGGUCAUCCAAGUAUGUCUGGCCCUGGUUUCAGUGCUGCAGGAUCAAUGGGCCGUGGAGCUUCAGCAGAUAAAACUCCUGGUGGUUGGGUUCCUUCUAAAGGUAGUGGACCUCCUGGUAAAGCUCCUUCCAGAGGAGAGCAGAAUGACUACUCUCAAAAUUUUGUUGAUACUGGUAUGAGACCCCAGAACUUCAUUAGGGAGCUAGAGCUUACAAAUGUUGUGGAGGAUUACCCUAAGCUAAGAGAGCUGAUACAGAAAAAGGACGAGAUUGUGUCUAAGUCUGCUUCUCCUCCCAUGUACUACAAAUGUGACCUCAAGGAGUUUGAGCUAUCCCCAGAGUUCUUUGGAACUAAAUUUGAUGUCAUUCUUAUUGACCCCCCGUGGGAGGAAUAUGUUCAUCGUGCUCCUGGUGUUGCUGACCAUAUGGAGUACUGGACAUUUGAAGAAAUAAUGAAUCUUAAGAUUGAGGCAAUAGCAGACACACCUUCAUUUAUUUUCCUUUGGGUGGGUGACGGUAUGGGGCUUGAGCAGGGCCGACAAUGCCUAAAGAAAUGGGGAUUUCGUAGGUGUGAGGAUAUUUGUUGGGUGAAGACGAACAAAUCUAAUGCAACCCCAGGUUUACGGCAUGAUUCUCAUACUCUGUUUCAGCAUUCAAAGGAACACUGCUUGAUGGGCAUAAAGGGCACAGUUCGUCGCAGUACUGAUGGUCAUAUUAUCCAUGCUAACAUUGAUACCGAUGUUAUUAUUGCUGAGGAACCACCAUAUGGUUCAACUCAGAAGCCUGAGGAUAUGUAUAGGAUAAUUGAGCAUUUUGCCCUUGGACGGAGGAGGCUUGAGCUCUUUGGCGAAGAUCACAAUAUUCGGUCUGGUUGGCUCACUGUUGGUAGUGGACUAUCUUCAUCAAAUUUUAACGCUGAGGCAUAUAUCAGGAACUUUGGUGACAAGGAUGGUAAAGUGUGGCAAGGAGGGGGUGGACGAAAUCCACCUCCUGAGGCACCUCAUCUUGUCAUAACGACCCCGGAAAUAGAGGCUCUUCGGCCCAAAUCACCGAUGAAAAACCAGCAGCAAUUACAACAGCAGUCAUCGUCCAUUUCCCUAACAACAGCUAAUUCCUCUAACAGAAGGGCUGCUGGAAACUCACCACAAAAUCCAACUGUUCUUAGUCUGAACCAAGAGGCUUCAAGUUCUAAUCCUGCAACCCCAGGUCCCUGGGCUCCACCCAUGGAGGGUUUUAAAGGUCGAGAAGGCUGCAAUAUACCAUCAGAUGACAAGGUUUUUGAUAUGUAUGGAUAUGGUGGACCGGCAAAUGGAGACUAUCUAGAAUUUGAGUCCCACAGACAAAUGAAUUUACUAUAAUUUUCUCAGUAGAUAAAAUGUGCUGCCAUGUAGCUUGUAAUUUUUUUUUCCCUCUAAAAGGUAUAAAAUGGAAAGAAAAUGUGUUCUUUCCUGAGCAUUCCUUUU